AUGCCCGAGCAUCGCGCACCGAAGAACGGUCUCAUCCUCGCCGUGAAUGCGGGGUCGUCUUCCCUCAAGAUAUCCCUAUACCGCCGCGCCGACGAACGCGCGGAAAGCUCAGGACAGGACGUCGUCGAGCUGCUCCUGACUGAGGGACGCGAGGCAAAGAAGGAGUCUGUAGACGGGAUUAAGGACCACGCAGCUGCGUUCGCCUACUUCCUCGAGCAUCUGAAGAACGAGAGCAAGAUCGAACGGAGUCCAUCGUGCACGUCUGCCAUCGUGUCGUGCAUGGCGGCGACUAUUUUGAGCCCCCAUAACGGUGCAGCGCUCUCAGUAAUGAAGAGCGCUAUCGACUCUCUUCCGAAGGCGAGCUCUAUCGCCUACUUUGAUACCUCGUUCCACCGGUCGAUACCCCUGCACGUAGCAAGCUACGCCAUCAAUCCGGAGGUUGCCCAUAAGCGCGGAUUGAAGAAGUAUGGCUUCCAUGGCCUGAGUUACGCAUACAUCCUCGGUGCUGUUGGUCAUUAUCUGCAGAAGGACACGUCCGCUCUCAAUCUCAUCGUCAUGCACCUCGGUUCCGGGGCCAGCAUCUGUGCCAUCCGGAACGGCCAGUCUCUCGACACGUCCAUGGGACUGACACCCGUCUCCGGGCUCCCAGGCGCGACACGGAGCGGGCUUGUCGACCCGUCCCUCAUCUUCCACUACACAAACCGCGCCGGACGGAUCACCCACGACCCACACCAAGCCGUCGACGUGCACGUCACGCAGGCCGAGGAGAUCCUCAACACCGAGUCGGGGUGGAAGGCGCUCACGGGGACGUCGGACUUUGGCGAUGUCGUGAAGAACAUGAAGGAGCACUUGCAGCAGCAGGGGGCGACGAAGGGCAAGGACGUCGUGGACUGGCAGAGCGAGGCGAAGUGGAAGCUCGCGUUUGAUCUGUUCGUGGACAGGAUCCUCGGCUUCGUGGGCGCGUACUACGUGAGGCUGGGCGGGAAGGUGGACGCGCUCGUCUUCUCUGGUGGUAUCGGCGAGAAGAGCGCCGAGCUCCGGGAGGCCAUCGUGCGGAGUUCAGAAUGUCUUGGCUUCCAGCUCGACGAGGCGGCAAUGCGAAAGUGGGCCAGCAGGAAGGCGCGGUUGUCAACGGGGUAA